ACCACAGAUCCAGAGCGGCAGAUGUUCCUGGACACGAUCUCCGCAACCAAUCCGGCAGAAUUCCCUAGGAUAGUCUUCUUCCGCCAGAGAACAACCUUCAGGGUGGCAUGUCUCCAGCCGGAAUGGAAAUGUGGUACAAGUAUCCAGAGCCAUGGCCUUUCUGGACCUCUUUCUGGUUGACUGCCCUUGAUAGAUCUUGUCGACGCACGGGGCACGGUAACGGUGACGAAAGGUCCUCACUCAUCCACUUUUGAUUGAUCUACAACAGUACUUUCUAUCUAUAUCACUAUAAACCUUCGUGAUACUGGACAGCAACAAGUCAUAUGUGUGCGAUAGAGCUGCUAUAGAUAUCAUCAAGUCAUGGUCAAGGACGUCGCUCCCAAGGCGGGAUUGCCCGCUGACUUCCUUUGGGGCUUUGCGACUGCAGCGUACCAGAUUGAAGGUGGUGCUACAGCAGAUGGCCGAAGACCCUCGAUUUGGGACACCUUCUGCAAGAUUCCCGGCAAGAUCGCGGACGGCAGUUCCGGGGACGUCGCCUGUGACUCGUACCAUCGGAUGGCCCAGGACAUCGACUUGCUGAAUAAGACCGGCGCCAAAGCCUAUCGAUUCUCCAUCUCGUGGUCUCGCGUCAUUCCGCUAGGAGGCCGCAAAGAUACUGUCAACAAAGCCGGUCUGCAGCACUACGUCAAGUUCGUGGACGACCUCCUCGAAGCCGGCAUCGUGCCUAUGGUCACUCUCUUCCACUGGGAUCUACCGGACGAGCUGUACAAGAGGUACGGCGGGUUCAUGAACAAGGACGAGUUUGUCGCCGACUUUGCCAAUUAUGCUCGCGUCAUGUUCGAGGCUCUACCGAAAGUCAAGCACUGGAUCACGUUUAACGAACCGUUCUGCAGUGCCGUCUUGGGAUAUAGUGUCGGCCAAUUUGCGCCGGGACACACAAGCAACCGCAACAAGAGCCCCAUCGGAGACAGUAGCACGGAACCGUGGAUCGUGGGACAUAAUAUCCUGAUCGCACACGCCACGGCCGUCAAGAUCUACCGCGAAGAAUUCAAGCCGAACAAUGGAGGCGAGAUUGGAAUCACUUUGAAUGGUGACUGGGUUGAACCAUGGGACCCGAACGACGGACAAGAUCGUAUAGCAUGUGAGCGCAAGCUCGAGUUCUCCAUAUGUUGGUUCGGCGACCCAGUGUACUUUGGGAAGUACCCGGACUCGAUGGUCAAGCAACUUGGAGACCGCCUACCCAAAUUCACCGAAGAGGAGAGUGCAUUGGUGAAAGGCUCGAAUGAUUUCUAUGGCAUGAACCACUAUUGCGCCAACUACAUCCGCCACCGCAACGGACCGGCUGAUCCGAAUGAUUUCGCGGGCAAUGUGGACAUCUUGCUGGAAGACAAAUCUGGCAAGAGCAUCGGUCCAAUAACCCAAAGUCCGUGGCUGAGACCGCACGCUCCAGGCUUCAGGAAGUUGAUGAAGUGGUUGAGUGAUCGGUAUGGGCGGCCGAAGAUUUAUGUGACUGAGAAUGGCACCAGUGUUAAAGGCGAGAAUGACUUGCCGAAAGAAGAGAUUCUCGAGGACGAGUUUCGGGUCGAGUAUUUCCGGACGUACGUUCAGGCCAUGGCCGAGGCGGUGGCAGAGGAUGGUUGUGAUUGUCGUGGAUAUAUGGCUUGGAGUCUUAUGGAUAAUUUCGAAUGGGCCGAGGGAUAUGAGACGAGAUUUGGUGUCACGUAUGUCGACUAUGAGAAUGGCCAGCACCGGUAUCCGAAGAAGAGUGCUUUGGAGUUGAAGAACAUUUUCGAUCAAUAUAUUGGGAAGGUUUAGAUGUUGGAAUUUACUGAUGCAGUGUUGUGUGGCCAUAUGGGAUAGUAUCUGGUGGCAUAAGAAAUGAAUGGCUUGGUUUGGAACAUAGCCUGUCUUGGAUAGACCCUGUGAGGAAGGUGUCAGGCACAUACACUAUAGGAAUAGACAGCUAUUCUACACCUUUGACCUCUCACUCACAGCGGCAAAUGAGCUGGAAACAUGUUGUUCGGUUCCGCUGGUCGAGAAAGUAGCCGGUUCAAGGAUCUGGGGAUCCCGGGGUUAUCGGCGAGGCUUCGCUCCGUCUGGACGUAGGUUCGGGCCACCCAUGACCUCUAAGAAACCUUCGAAAGACAUAU